AUGACUACAAACGCCGAGUACUGGUCGUUCCCGACCAACCCAGAAGAAUUCGAUCAAGAUGAGCGCAUAUCCUUCUCCAGACUCGACAACAAACACAUCGCAGUGCAGGACGAUGGCACCGAGUACGAAUUCGACCCAGAGCUGAAGCGCUGGAUUCCCAUAUUCGACGAAGCCCUGAUUGAGGAGCAACAGAGAGGAUACAUGAUGCCCAAUGCCGGCGCCGAUACCGGAGAUGACCUACGGGGACAUGCGCCGAACAGGAAAAGAAAGCUGAACAGGAACGACCGCGAGGACAACAACAACCACCACGACUUGGAUCGUCCUUCUAGACCUGCGAAGCAAAAAGGAAACCGGGGUCCGCCACAGCCUAAGCAGAAUACCGCAAUUUACGUUACCGGCCUCCCGUCCGAUGCUACCGCAGAAGAAGUUGCCGAGCUGUUCUCGAAGAAGUGCGGCGUCAUCGCCGAGGAGAUCGAUAGCGGCCGGCCACGCAUCAAGAUGUACACCAACGCCGACGGUAGCUUCAAAGGCGAUGCCCUAGUCGUCUUCUUCAAACCUCAGUCCGUCGAGAUGGCCAUCAUGCUGCUUGACGACACUGAGUUUCGAUUCCCGCCAACCAGCGGCGCGUCAAACACUCCCAAGAUGCGCGUCCAGGCCGCCGACUCCAGCUACAAGAAGACCAAAUACGACGGCGGCGAGAACAGUACAACCCCCGCCGAGGACGGCGGCACAGGUUCUUCAGGCAAGUCCAACAAUAACAACAACAACAACUCCGCCUCGAACCAACGCAGCACCCACGACAAAGCCAAGAUCAUCAAGAAGACCCAAAAGCUCUCCGCCAAACUCGCCGAUUGGAGCGACGACGAACCCUCUGCCAUUGACUCUACCAACCCAGUAUCCACCGCAACCGGCGGCCCCGCCUCAUCCAAAUACGACCGCCUCGUCAUCCUCCGACACAUGUUCACCCUCGACGAGCUUCAAGAGGACCCCACCGCCCUGCUCGACAUCAAGGACGAUGUGCGGGAGGAAUGCGCCAAACUGGGCCCUGUCACCAACGUGGUGCUAUACGACCAAGAGGAAGAAGGCAUUAUGAGCGUCAAGUUCAAGACGCGUGAGGCUGCCGAGGCGUGCUUGCGGCUGAUGCACGGCCGGGCCUUUGCGGGUAGGAUUGUGGAAGCGUUCUUUGCGACUGGGCGGGAGAAGUUUAGGCGGUCGAAGGGUGAAACCGGUGGUGGAAAGACUGGUGAUGAUGAUAGUGAUGAUGGUGAAGACUGA